AUAAAUUCAGAUUUAAGAGACCAGAUUCGGUUCCAUUCCACGAAACACCACUCUUCUCUUUUUGUUCUUUCAAUCCAAAUUCCGAACGCAUCCUACAACAGUUAAUCUGAAAUCCACGCCGUAUUUUCCACAACUCACCAAAAUCCUCACGCUCAGACAAGUGAAAAAAUGGAUUCCUUUGAUCAUUUAAACGGUAGUAAUAAUACCUUUGAUCAAAUGAUGGAAGAUGGAGCUACUUAUUCUCAGGCUGAACCACAAAAACCAGUAUGGUGCGAGAGAAAACAAGCUGUAGUACAAGAAGAAAUAAGGAGAAUGAAUCAAUUACCUGCAAAAAGUACCUAUGUUGCGCAUCGACUAAAGGUUCUUAAUAAAAUUCUGCAACUCAUGUCAGUUCAGAGAACUGUGUCUCAAGAGAAGGAGUUGGAGUUGCUUUUUGCUGGUCUGGCUUUGUGAAGGAAUUAUAAAAUGCAGGGGAUUUAGCGGAAGCGCACUUCCAAUAGUCUAUUUUCCAGAAUCUAGAUAGUAUAUUUCGACAUAUUUGAGCAUAUAGGAUGUGGAUUGAGAAACUACCUAUGUAUAUUAAAAGAAGAUUCGGGUUAAAGUUAUUAGUACUUCUUUCAUAUCUAUAUGUAUCUGGUCUUUGUGAAAGAAAAAAAUUUAGUCCUUGUAUUUUAAGUUUGGACCCUGUAAAAUCAGAAGCUAUCACUUUUGGUCCUUGAUGGCUAUUGUCAUUUCAGUAGAAUGAUGGUUUGGUGAAA